GAAGGGCAAGCGGCCCCUUGGGGCGGCUCUUAGGGGAGGUCGGUCGUCACGGCCCAUUCAGCUGCCAACGGACACGAUCGCAACGGAGGUUUUCCGACAGCAACUUGUUUCCCUGAGCAGCCGCCGGCCGGCAGAGACUUCCCCUCGCUGCCAGCCGGGGCCGGAUUCAAACCCAGCUCGGCACGGUGUCUCGUUCCUAAGCCAACAAGUUCUGCCAAGGAGCUGCACCGGCCUGCGGCGCGCUAUUGUUUGUCCAGCGCCGUCCUCAGCGAGGCAGGAUGCGGCUCCCUUUGGUGCGGAGCCAGAAGGAGCAGUGGGGUCAGCCUCAGGUAAACAGAGAACCUGAUCUUUGCUCCUUCCCCAGAGCAUUAUCCUAUUAGUGCAACUAACCACUGCCAGCUGGGAUUCAACCCAGGGCCUCCUCAGCGAAAUACAGGCUUCCCCCAGAGAUUACAGGGAUUUAGGCUAUUAUGUUUGGGGGGGCGGGGGAGAUAUUCACUAACAUCACAAGCUGGGACUAGCGAGUCUAUCAGCAUGCGGCUAUAGUAGGCUCUUAUCCUCUAGGUGAGCGUGACAUAACUGAGCCGUGCGCUCCAUUCAUAAGGGCCGUGGAGCGGAUUCCUCUUGCCCUGCGGGGAGGGUCAGGAACGCCGCCUUGUCCGGUGGCCGCCACCUUGCCGGAGAAGCGGCAUUUCAGGGAUCGGAGUCGGGAGAUUUGAACCCAGCGCCGUGGCAAGCACAGCAAGCGACUCCAGCGUGGGGAAGAAAACGCCCUUUGUACCGUUCCUCCCAGCCACGUUGCCCGAGGCACCCUCCCCUGGUGACCCAGGAGAAACAAACUCGAUAAAGUGCCCAGCCACGCACUGGAAACAAAGGCAUCUCGCCUGCCGCGAGUGGCGUCUGUGCUGAGCCGGCCUGCUUCCUUCCUUCCUCGAUCCAUCCGUGAUCAUAAAUAUCCAUCGCUGGGGUGGCGCUUGCUCUUUAUGACGGAGCCCCCUGCCGGGAAGUGAAUCUGCGAGCACUGGGCUCCCUGUCUCCCUGCCCAGCAGCCGGCUGACUCAGAGCGUGACGCUGGGAGCCGAGCGCUAUAAACCCCGUGGCAAAGGCUGGCGGGUCCCAGCUGCUCUGGCAGAGCAGAGAGAGCGUGAAGCCGAGGCGAGCGCUGAAGGCAGGUAAGGACGGGGGCUGUUGUUCUGGGCCAAGCCUUGGUCCCACUUGGAAGAGGGAGUUGUUUACACCGGAGACCUUUUCCAGCUUGGCUUCUAUGAAAACCGGCCAGGAUGCAGCGAGGGGCUUUGAUGGCAGGAGGCGUUUGACUCCAGGCGCUGGACCGGGGUUCCUCGGGAGGGGGCAGCUGCCCAGCGACCUGCUCCCCGCCGGCUGACUCUCUGCCCGGGCCUCAGCCCCCGACUCCACCGAGAUGUUUCUCUCCAGACAGAGGGCCACGAACAGGAAGCCGGGCCCGCUGCCCACCUGCCCCAACGUCCUCACCCCUGACCGGAUCCCCAAGUUUUUCAUCCCCCCCAAACUCUCCACCCUCUAUGGUAGAGCCCCAGGCGGGAGCCCCGGUUCCCAGCAGAGCCCCCAAGGGACCGGGAGCCCAGAGACACACAGGACCCUGCUCAGAGCCGCCGAUCAGUGUGUCAUCCACCCACAGAGCCUGCACCAGGACCCCGCGGCCAGGGCAGAGGGUGAGGCCGGCCAGCAGCUCCCCCCUGCCUGCUCCAUGCCCCACCUCGUCAGCCCAGGGGGCUUCCCCCUCCUGCCUGAGAGCCCCCACACGCGCCGAAGGGAGUCCCUCUUUCACACCACGUGCCCACCCCACCGCAUCUCCCUUGACCUCUCCCCAGAGCCCGGCGCCAGGCUCCUGCCCCCAGAGCUGCGGCCCUGGCGGCCCGUCUCCCAGCCCGGCGCCUUGGACAGCGACACGGCCUCCUCUGCAGGUUCCUCGCCCUUCGGCUCUCCGGUGCUGGGGCACUCGCUGGCCUGCCAGGCCCACCGGGGCCAGCCCCUCUGCAGCCGCGCCCCGGCGGCGGGCCGGGCCAGCUCGCUGUCUGCCGAGGAAGCCAGCUCUACGGACGACAGCCCCAGCGUCCCGCGCCGACAGGCCGAGCCCAGCUGGGGGGCAGCGGCCAGGUUGGCCCCCCCACCCUUCUACCCCUUGGACUUCAUCUGCCGCCCUGCACGGGUGGCCCAGGAGAACACGGUGGCGCUGAGCCGAGGCGGGUGCCUGCGCCUCUCCUCCGAGUACGUCCCGGCCAGCAGGCGCCUGCUCGUCCGGCUGGUCAGCGCCGAGGGGCUCUACCCGCGGCCCUGCGACCCCCGGCGCGUCGGCUGCUGCGUGGCCCUGCAGUUGCGCCCGGGCAAGGCGCAGAAGCAGCGCAGCGCGGUGGUCAAGAGUUGCUGGAGCCCCAUCUUCAAUGAGGACUUCUUCUUCGAGGGCCUGGUGCCCCACGAGCUGCCCGGCCGCCGCCUCCGGCUCAAGGCGCUCAACAAGGGCUGCGGCGUGAGGUGGGACACCGUGCUGGGCGAGGCCGAGGUCCCGCUGCCUGCCCUGCUGCCCCCCUAGGGCCCGGUGGCGCUUGCUCCCAGCGGGGGCCUGGGAGGAGGGAGAGUCAGAGAGCCAAGGUUUGGGGGGCUGGAGGGCAGGCAGCGGGACCUCGGUAGUAGACCUAUGGCUACUACCCAGCAGCCCACCCGUCCCUCCUCUCUGCCCCGCCCAAAAAUGACUGGGCUGCCCCAGCCCCGGAUGGACAAGGGCUCGGCGUCCCCAUGCCCCUGGCCCACCAGGUGUGGGGGCGCUCGGCAGGGCUGAGCGCUGGCCCCCAGGCUCUCUGUGCAGGGGGCGCUGGCUGCCUGGCGCCCAGCGAACUGUUUGUUUAUUUUUUGAUAAUAAAAAGGAGCCUGUACUGCA